GUGUAUUGUAUGGUUGCACAUGCUUUGCAGCCACAUCUUGUUGUCACGGGAACCAAUAUUGGUGUUAUUAUCUGUGAGUUUGAUGCUAGAUCUCUUCCAUCAGUGGCUCCCCUGCCAAUACCAAGAGAUGGCGGAGAAAAUUCUGCUGUAUAUGUUGUUGGAAGGGAACUACAGCUAUUAAAUUUUCAGCUAAGCAACUCAGCAAAUCCGUCUAUUGCAAAAGCAGCUCUUUAUCAGAAACAGGGAGGUCUAAGGAGAGAAUUUUUUGAACCCUUGCUUAUAAAGCAAGGAAGGAAGCACAUUAAUACACCUAUUCCACAUGAUUCAUAUUCAGUUCUUUCAGUGAGUAGCUCUGGAAAGUAUCUUGCCAUCACUUGGCCUGAUUUUCCAUUCUUUUCUAUCUACAAGGUUGGUGACUGGUCAAUUGUUGAUUCUGGGAUUGCAAGGAUUCUUGCUUGGGACACAUGUCGUGAUAGAUUUGCUAUAUUGGAAUCUGCGUUACCUCCAAGAAUUCCUAUAAUUCCUAAGGGUGGUUCAUCAAGAAAAGCAAAAGAAGCUGCGGCGGCACAUGCUGCGGCAGCUGCUGCUUCUGCUGCUUCCACAGGUUCUGUUCAAGUCCGUAUCUUGUUAGAUGAUGGAACUUCAAAUAUAUUAAUGAGGUCUGUAGGUGCACGGAGUGAACCAGCCAUUGGUUUGCAUGGAGGAACACUUCUUGGUAUUGCUUACCAAACAUCCAGGAGAGUUAGCCCAGUUUCUGCUUUCGGUAUUUCAACGACCCAAUCAAUGCCCUUAUCAGGUUAUGGGGGCAUUGGUGUUUCUUCUUUCGCUACUGUUGAUGACGGAUUUUCUUCGCAUAGAUCUUCAGCUGGGACCACAUAUCAAAACAACUUUCAGCUGUACAGUUGGGAGACUUUCCAGCCUGUUGGUGGUCUACUUCCUCAGCCAGAAUGGACGGCGUGGGACCAAACUGUUGAGUUGUGUGCCUUUGCAUACCAUCGAUACAUAGUCAUUUCUUGUUUGCGCCCUCAAUUCAGAUAUCUGGGAGAUGUGGCAAUUCCAUAUGCCACUAGUGCUGUUUGGCAACGUAGACAGUUGUUUGUGGCCACACCUACUACUAUAGAAAUUGUUUUUGUGGAUGCUGGGGUAGUAGAAAUUGACAUAGAAACUAAAAAGAUGAAAGAAGAGCAAAAAAUAAAAGAGGCACAAGCCAAAGCAGUAGCUGAGCAUGGAGAAUUAGCCUUGAUUACUGUUGAUGGCCUCCAAGCUACUAAAGAAGAAAGAAUAUCAUUGAGGCCACCAAUGCUACAGGUAGUGCGAUUGGCUUCAUUUCAGCAUGCUCCUUCAGUGCCACCCUUCUUAAUGUAUACAAAACAACCUAAGCUUGAAAGAAAUGAUUCUUGGAUGAUAAAAGCUGAAGAAAAAAAGGCCAGCGAGGUAGCUGUUGGUGGUGGAGGAGUGUCUGUUGCAGUUACUCGUUUCCCCAUGGAGCAGAAGCGUCCAGUUGGGCCUCUGGUUGUGGUUGGGGUCAGAGAUGGAGUGCUCUGGCUAAUUGACCGGUACAUGUGUGCUCAUGCUUUAUCCCUUAGUCAUCCUGGUAUUCGGUGUAGAUGCCUUGCUGCCUACGGUGAUGCUGUUAGUGCAGUUAAAUGGGCAAGCAGGCUUGGGAGAGAACACCAUGAUGAUCUGGCGCAAUUUAUGCUGGGAAUGGGUUAUGCUGCUGAAGCCCUUCAUUUACCUGGAAUAUCCAAGAGGUUGGAGUUUGAUCUGGCAAUGAAAAGCAAUGAUUUGAAGAGAGCUCUUCAAUGCCUUCUUAUCAUGAGCAAUAGUACGAACAUAGGACAUGAUAAUCCCGGUCUUGGUUUGAAUGAUAUCCUCAAUUUAAAUGAUAAAAAAGAAGAUAUUGUUGAAGCUGUUCAGGGCAUAGUUAAAUUCGCAAAGGAGUUUUUGGAUCUCAUUGAUGCUGCGGACGCUACUGCACAGGUUGAAAUUGCUCGCGAGGCUCUUAAGAGGUUAGCUGCUGCUGGUUCAGUGAAAGGCGCUCUAAAAGGUCACGAACUGAGAGGAUUAUCGUUGCGGCUUGCAAAUCACGGUGAAUUGACACGGCUAAGUGGUUUGGUGAGUAAUUUAGUCACUCUUGGCUUGGGACGAGAAGCUGCAUUUGCUGCUAGUCUUUUGGGUGACAACGGCCUAAUGGAGAAAGCAUGGCAGGAUACUGGGAUGCUGGCGGAAGCUGUGCUUCAUGCUCAUGCACAUGGACGUCGAACUUCAAUGAACAUGCUUCAAGCUUGGAACCAAAUGCUUCAAAGAGAGGUUGAGCCUAUGAAAUCGCACAAAACAGAUGCUACAGCUGCAUUUCUUGCAUCUCUUGAGGACCCUAAGCUUACGACGUUGGCAGAAGCAAGAAAGCAGCCACCAAUUGAAAUCUUACCUCCAGGGAUGGUUUCUCUCUCUGCUCCUUUCUCCACCCAGAAAAAACCACCAACGGCUGCACAAAAUUCACAGCAGUCAACAGGUAAGCCUUUGGCCCUGGAGGCACCCACUAAUACCACAACAAUGGCAAUGAACGCUUUGAAACAAUCCGCAUCAACACCAAUGCCAACACUUCCUGCUGCAACUACAACAGUGCCAAUGAAUGCUUUGAAGCAAACUGCACCCACAAGAACAAUUCCCACAAUCACAAAAGAGCCCGUGAAGGCUCUAAAGCAAUCUAAAUCAACACCAACAUUUCCUGGAACCACAACAGAGCCAAUGAAAGAUUUAAAGCGUUCAAAAUCUGCACCAACACUUCCCACAGUCAUAACAGAACCAGCAACUGCUACAGAGCAAUGUGGACUGCCACCAACACCUCCAACAACAGGAGUGCCAAUGAGCGCUUUAAAGCAGUGUGGAUCUACACUUACAACUCUUACAACUGCCACAGGGCCAAUAAAUGCUUUGAAGCAGGAAACCACGAUAAUGCCAAUGAAUGCUUUGAAGCAGUUUGAAUUGACACAAACACCUCCUGCAGCUACAACAAUGCCAUUGAAUGCUUUGAAUCAGAAUGCAUCCACGAGGAAUUCAGUACCACCAGAUGUCCCUCGACAGGUAGCAGACUCUGAGAAGGGCAGCAUCCCAACUACUAUACCACCAACUGUAGCAUCCUUGAAAGACUUCCUCGCAUGA